AUGGUUUCCACAACAAUAUUGCAACUGCUCGCCACCGCCUUAGCCUUCGCUUCUGUGCAGGCAGGGCACCCUGCUCAGGCUUGGAGAGAGGGGAAGUUCAAGACCUUGGUCACAUUCGGUGACAGUUAUACGGAUGAGAAUCGCCUAGGAUACUUCAUCCAAAAUAACGGCACAGCACCGCCAGUUGGUUGGGACCAGCCAGUGGGUCUCACCACCGCCUCAGGUGGUCGCUCGUGGGCGCGCUAUGCGAGCGUUUACUCUUCAGCAAAGCUUUACAACUAUGCCGUCUCAGGCGCUGUGUGCUCCAAUAAGAUCACCCCUCGCCCUCUGUCGCCCACAACCCUCUUUCCCGACAUCGAAGGGUACGAGCUUCCUGCUUUCAUCGCAGAUUCAAAGUACACUAGGUCCAAUGGCACUAAAUUCUUCACUGGAAAGUCAGACUCGACAGUAUACGCGAUUUGGAUCGGCACUAACGAUCUUGGAAAUGGCGGAUUUGUUGACGAUUCUCAACAGCCUGGCAAGAUAGUAUCGGAUUACAUGGACUGCGUGUACAACACCGUCGACGGCUUAUACGCGAACGGUGGACAAUACUUCGUUCUCCUGAACCUGGCGCCACUGGAUCUGCUACCUCAGUACCAGCUGCCUUCGCAAGGCGGUCUCUCUGCGACCCAGUUCUGGCCCGCCAAUGGACGCAACGUAACAGAUGUUCACUACCGCAUGCAAAACACCGUCGCAGCGCUCAACGACGUGUACGGGUACCGCACGCCCUUCGUUGUCGAGAUCUCGAAGAAGUACCCAGGUAUCAAGAUGGCGAGCUUCAAUGUCAACGGCUUGAUGACCGAUAUCCACUCCAACCCAACUCAGUACCUCAAUGGCACUGCACCGCUGAAUGUGACGGGAACGGCCAAGACGUGUGCGACCGUGAGCGGACAGAACUGUACAGUCAAUGCCAGCCCUGAUUCAUUCGAGUGGUUUGAUCCGCUGCAUCCGAGCGAGCAGACAUCCAGGAUUGUUGCGAGGGAAUUUGUCAACGUGCUUGGUGGAAAGGGCAAGUGGGGAACAUACUGGGGUUAA